AUGAGAUACUCGCUUACCACUGCAGCUUUGGCUUUCGCCAUCUGCUCUAUCGCUGCUCCUGUCGCUCACGGCGGUAACGACUACGGCUCUCUGUCUGGUACAGGGGCCUCGGAUGUAUCUGCCAAUGCUGGAAACUACGGCUCCGCCCAAGUAUCCCCUUCAGGCUCUGCUGGAAUCGGUGCAAACGUCGGCGGUUCUGGUGUGGAUGCAUCGGUAGGCGGCAAGGGUGCUGCAGGUCUGGACGCAUCCGCAAAUCUGGGUGGCCAAGGAGGACUUGGAGCAUCUGGUCACGCUGGUCUGAGUGGCGACCACUCUGGCCAUGCUGGUCUUGGUGCAUCUCUCGGCGGCAAGGGUUCGGGCCUCCUUGGAGGUGUUGCCGGCUUGAUGCACGGCCACGAGGGUGGUGUCUCUGUUGGUCUUGGAGGUAAGGGAUACGGUGGAGCUGGAGGAAGUGCAUCUCCAUCAAUUGGUGCCGGAAUCGGCGGUACUUUGCCUUCGGUUGGCGCCAGCAUCGGAGGUGAUACUUCGGUCUCGCCCGCAAUUGGAGCCAGUGUAGGAGCUGGAGGUUCGGCAGCUCCUUCCGUUGGAGCCACUAUUGGAGGUGCAUCGCCUUCUGUAGGAGUCGGGCUUGGUGGUUACGCCGCUCCUUCAGGGUCGGCUUCUCUAGGCGGCCUUGCAUCCGGAGGUUUGGGCGCAGGACUUGGAGGUGCAGGUGGCCUUCUCGGUGGUCUUGGUCUGGGCGGAAGUGGUAGCGGCAGCGGUGGCCUCAAUCUGGGAGGCAGCGGCCUUGGAGGUAUUGGAGCGGGUCUGGGACUCGGCGGAGCCGGCGGACUUUCUGGAUCCGGCUCAGUAGAUGCCAACGGCUCUGGAGAUGCUUCCGGCAGUGCUGGUGGCGACACAGCUGUUGAUGCCUCAGGAAGCAGCCCCAGUUCGUCCGACUCCGGAGCGGCUCCAUCUUACGGUGGCGACACCUCAUCUUCUCCCGAUACCAGCACCCCAUCGGACACGGAGACCGAUGCAGCAUCUGCAUCUCCCGAUACUCCCUCCCCUUCUUACGACUCUGGCGAUUCUUCACCGAGUGAAAGCGCUCCGUCGGACACAGAGACCGAUGCCGCAUCUGGAUCCCCUGAUGACUCCGCACCAGCUCCCUCUGAGUCCUCAUCUGCCCCUUCUGACAGCUCAUCCCCCAGUGACAGUGCAUCUGCACCGACUUACGGCGAGGACAGCUCUGUUGAAGACGCAAGCGGUUCGGCAGCUGCACCUAUGUACGGCUCAGCACCUAGCGAGUCUGCACCCAGCGAGUCCGCAGUCGAUGCUACUGCCGCUACUCCUACUGAGGCCCCUACUGCCCCCGAGGCCUCGACCCCUGCCCUUCCUUUGAGCACUGCCGCCUCCGGUAGUACUUACAAGUCAUACAUCAAGAAGCGUCAAGAUUUGAGCUCUCUCAUGGGUGGCUCUUCGGGCGGUCUUGGUGGUCUUGGUGGUCUUGGUGGACUUUCUGGUGGCAGUGGUCUCGGUGGCCUCUCUAGCUUGGGAGGUGGUAGUUCCGGCGGACUCUCAGGUCUUUCGGGCCUAUCUGGCCUUUCUGGCCUCUCAGGCGGUGGUUUGAGCGGGCUCGGAUCAGGCACUGGUUCAGCUUCAGCAGCAUCCACUGGCUCGGCAUCCACAACUGGUGGAUCGGGGUUUGAUCUUUCAAGCCUUGGUGGUGCUUUCGGUAGCGGCUUGAAGAAGCGUCAGUUCGGUGGACUCGGUAGCUUCGGCGGUUCGUCAGGUUUGUCCGGCCUCAGCGGGUUGUCGGGUGGAUCGUCUGGUCUUACGUCUGGCUCUUCGGGUCUCGGUGGCUUGACAGGCGGGUCAUCCGGCUCCGGUUUCGAUCUCUCAUCGCUAAUGGGAGGAUUAGGCUCCUCUGGAAGCUCCGAUUCUUCUUCUACCGCCACUACUACUGACAGCUCGUCUGGCUUCGGCUCGUUGGGCUCGCUCGGUUCGUUCACUGGAUCUGCUGGCGGUGCCACUCCUAGCAACGAUGUCACUGGUAACACUGGAUGCAAGAAGGUCACAUUCAUUUUCGCUCGCGGUACCACCGAAAUGGGCACUCUCGGCUCCGUCGUUGGCCCUGGCCUUGCUUCAGACCUGAUCAAGGAUACUGGCUCUUGUGCCGUCCAGGGUGUCGACUACCCUGCCGAUGCCGCCGGCAACGCCAACAUGGGUGCCUCCGGUGGCCCUAAGAUGGCCGCUCUCGCCGAACAAGCCCUCAAGCAAUGCCCCGACACCAAGGUCAUCCUCGGCGGCUACUCUCAAGGUGCCAUGGUCGUCCACAACGCCCUCGGCUCUCUCGAUGGCUCCAAGAUCGCUGCCGUCACCGCUUUCGGCGACCCCAUGAACGGCCAGACCUUCAAGGGUGUCGACGACAGCAAGGUCGUCCGCUACUGCGGUUCCUCCGACUUCGUCUGCGACUUGUCUGGAAAGACUCAGGGUACCGGCUCUCACAUCUCCUACGGCUCCAACUUGGCCGAGGCUGCGUCUCGUCUUGCCCAGAUUGUUGGUGUCAAGGCUUGA